AUGGCGCCUCCACAAGUUUGGUUUGUCACUGGAACCUCUAGCGGGUUCGGUAAGGAAUUUGUACUCCAAGCACUCAGCCGAGGAGACAGGGUCAUUGCUACCGCUCGUUCUGUUAGCAAGCUUGAGGACCUCAAGAAGGCUGGUGCAGACGCCUUGGCUCUCGAUGUCACAGCCUCUCUUGCUGAGAUCAAAAGAGUCGCCGAUGAGGCGUUUGAUCUAUACGGACGGAUUGAUUAUCUCAUCAACAAUGCUGGCUACACUCAGAUUGGAGGCAUCGAAGAGACAACCCCGGAGGCCACACAAGCGCAAUUCGCAACCAACGUCUUCGGCCUCCUGAACGUCACCAGAGCGGUACUUCCCUACAUGCGAGCUCAACGAUCGGGCGUCAUCGCCAAUUUCUCGAGCAUUGGCGGAUGGGGUGGGUCUGCCGGUGCUGGAAUCUACUGUGCCUCGAAAUGGGCUGUCAGCGGCCUGUCGGAAGCGAUGACCAACGAACUGGCCGAUUUCAACAUCAAAGUCUGCUGCGUCGAGCCUGGCUACUUUCGGUCCAACCUGCUGAACCCCGGGAACAAGCUCACCGUUCAGAACAAGAUUGCAGACUACAAAGGCUCGGCCGUCAGGCAGGGCGAGGAAGCUUUAGUCGCUGCCAACAAUAACCAGAUCGGUGAUCCGAAGAAGGGUGUUAAGGUGAUUAUUGAUGUUCUCACUGGAGUUACAGGCAGGGAGAUCCCGAUGAGACUCGCUCUAGGCAGCGAUGCAUAUGGGGUGAUCACUGGCAAGUGCGAGGCAACAAUCAAGCUGCUUGGCGAAUGGAAGGAUAUUACUACGCCAACGGAUCUUGAUGAGUAG